UAAACCGGAAGUGGCAACGGGUGCCGAGAUCAGAGCAGGAUCCGGAGCCUGGUUGCUCCCUCGCAGAAGAGGCGUUCCUGGUCUUAACACUUCUCAAGCUUAGAAGAAGCUGGGCUAGAAAGCUGAGGCCCCAGCACAAGACACUACCAGCUAUCCAGCCAGAAAUUGAUCUGGAAACAUGCUCAGGACCUGGAUGACCUCAAGAGAGUUGCAACAAGUUUGACUACACCCCUCAGGCUUGCAAAUGCCUGAGUGAGUAUGUGUGUUUUUUGCGGUGGAUAAGCACACGUUUUGGCCCAGUCUCAGCUUGUUGGGUAGCAGUCAACUAUGAGGCUUCAUUAUCUGCUAUUUGUAUUCUUCAUCUUGUUCUUGGUGCCUGCUCCAGGGGACGCAUUCAUACCAAAAACCCUCCGAAAAUUUUUCUGCAGAAUAAGAGGUGGCCGGUGUGCUGUACUUAACUGCCUUGCAAAGGAAGAACAAAUAGGUCGAUGUUCUAAUAGCGGUCGAAAAUGCUGCCGAAAGAAGAAGUAGAAGACCCUGACUCAGACUUAGAAUAUGCAGGGUGAGGGUGGGGGAGGUCCUUCUGGGAAUGUAUAAAAGGAAAAUCAAGUUAUUAUAUAUUUUUUAAAAACUA